AGUUAAUUAAAAUGGCUUUAGGUCAAGUGUUUUCUUUUUUUUCUCAGCAAGUAAUGUUUAUUUGGCUUUUGGUGUUUAUCACACCUCUUUAUGUAUUUUUGGCUAGCGUAAUGGCAAAAGGACUGCAAAUUCUUCAUCAAAUGGCGAUAAAUAGAUAAUCAUUAAUUUAUAAGUACUUGGGAGAUGUAAGUUGGUUGUUCCCAUUUAAGGUAAGAAAUAGUUUAUAGUGAUGUAGCAAAAUGAAUAAGAAUUUAAAUUAGUACACAUUGUAUUAUUGGCAGUGCUAAUUGGUUUAGUUUCAUUAAUUAUUCUUGGAGGAGUAAUGUUAUAAAAUUAGGUUGAAAAACAGAAAAUAAUUGAAAAAAAGGAAAGAAGAGAAGAAAAAACUAAAAACAAAGUGGUAAACGAAUGA